AUGACCGAACUCCUGGACAACACUCCCCCUGCUAUUGAGGUGCAAAACCUCUCUUACAAGUUCCAAGAUGGCUCUAAUGGACUGGAAGACGUGCUAUUGAGUCUCCCCCCUAACAGCCGGACCUUACUCAUCGGCGCAAAUGGAGCGGGAAAGACUACACUGCUGCGUCUUGUCUCUGGCAAACGUCUGGCCCCUAACAACACCAUCUCAAUUGGGGGCAAAGAUCCGUUCAAAGACAGCUUAGAGGGCGUCACUUAUCUCGGAGUCGAGUGGGUACUAAACGCCAUUGUGCGUACUGACAUCGAUGUCCCUACUUUGCUCGCCUCCGUAGGCGGAAAUGCUUACCCGGAGCGCCGUGAUGAGCUCGUCGACAUCCUGGACAUUGAUCUACGUUGGCGCAUGCAUGCUGUGUCAGACGGUGAACGUCGGCGUGUUCAGUUGGCCAUGGGCUUGCUACGUCCUUGGAAGAUCCUACUCCUAGACGAGAUCACCGUGGACCUGGACCUGCUUUCCCGCAGCAACUUCCUUGCGUUCCUGAAACGUGAAACAGAGUCCCGUCCUUGUACCAUCGUCUACGCUACUCAUAUUCUUGACAAUCUUGCACAGUGGCCUACUCACCUGGUGCACAUGCAUCUGGGUAAGGUCAAGACUUGGGGCCCCGUGGAACAAUUCCAUGACCAGGUUGCAGAAUGGACAUCCGAAAAUAGUCGCCUUGGCGAAUUGGUUCUCAAAUGGCUGAAAGAGGAUCUUGAUGCCCGAGGACCACGGAAUGGUCGGGGUAACCAGGCCAAAACGUACGAUGCCGGCGGCAUCGGAGGAUACGGACUUGAGACAUAUAACAAAAAGGCCUAA